UUUUUGUCACUUUGUGUAUUUUUAAACUUUAACGUAUAAAUUCAAACAAGAGUAAAUGAAAUAUAGUUUUAAUUUUUACAUUCUAACUCUACGGCGAUAGACAUGAAUUUUUCAACAGUAAGUAACAAAACUAAUUUAACGGAGAUGGAAGAAUUGAGUGAUGGUGAGAUUAGUGAGAAAUAUUACUCGCUUCGAAAACAAUAUGAUAAUUUAUCCAGCAAUUACGAAGCAACUAAACAGGAACUUCAUGAAGCCAAACGUAACUACCAAACAGCCUUAGAUGUGCAGAGUCACUUGAACGCCGAGCUGGAGAGCGUGCAGGCCGGCGAGGAGAGACGCCGCGCCGAGCUCGGAUCUCGCAUAUCGAUACUGCAAGAACAAAUACUGACUUUACGAGAGGAACACACGGAAUCUGCGGAACGGCAUGCGAAUGAAGUGAAGGAAUUAGAAAAUGAGAUUCGCCGGUUAAAAGAAGCAAACACAAACGUAGUCAGUAGAACAUCUCCGGAAAGAGAUACGGGGGAGUUGGAUGAGAUUCGACUCGCAUUAUCUUCAACCGCCUCGGAAGCGGCGUCUGCAAAGUCGGCCCUCGAAGAAGCGCGCAACGAAAUUACAUCGUGGCGACUUAAAGUUGAAGAACUGGUGACAGAAAUGGGUGAGCUUAGAGCGGCGGCGGAGGUCCGAUGCGAAGAUUUGAGAGCCGCCAGUGAGCGCGAGGCCGCGGCGCUGGCCGAGCUGGCGGAGGCGCGCGCCGCGCUGCACCAGCUGCACGCGCAGAGCUCCCAGCCACAUGCUGCUAAGGGCAACUCAAUAUUUGCGGAAGUGGAGGAUAAAAGACAAGAGAUGGCCAAGAACUUGAUACAAAUGAAGCAAACUAAUUCAAGGCUGAGAAGGGAGGUGGCCAGCAAGCAGGCGGAGGUGGAGGCGCUGCUGCAAGAGAAGCAAGCGUUGUGGGAGGCGCAGGCCGGCGCCGCCGCGCUGCAUGACCGCGAGCUACUCGGUCUGCAUUGCACACAAACACACACACACACAGUUAUACUCAUCACCAGUGUACAAUAUGGCCACAUUGUGGGAAUCGGAGCCUACCAUUAGCAAGGGGUGACUAGGCCAUAUUCACCAUUUUGGUGCACUACUGGUUGGAUAACUUCAUACAUAUCUUUUAAUUCAUUCAGAUAUAUAUGCAGGUUGCAUCACAAUUUUUAUUUCACCGUAAGUAUGUCGGGUAAAUUAUGUACAAAUGAAAUUUGGAAAUGACAUUAUCGGGAUUCGAACCCACGAUCUGAUAACAAGUCAAGUGCUUUAACCACUGAGCCAACGAUGCUCUUAACAUACACUUACAAUAUGCAUCUGCAGUGUUAAUAAUCUCUUUUUUAUGGAAAAAGGGUACAAAUGAGCAGUCUUUAUUAUACCAGUUGGUAAUUAAACAUCCCAAGAUUAGCUUCUAGUUUAUAUGCAGUUGUAGGGUGGGCAGCUAAUAAUUGAAGUAAGGAGAGUGAAUAGGGUUCAGUCUAUUGACUAAAUUA